GGGCCCUGCUUCUUCCCACGCCCCACGGCCUGAUGCCGAGGACGCCGCGUAGCAAGCUGACCGCUGAAUUUCGGCUACUGGCCUUGGGCACUGCGCCGGCCUCGUCCCUCCCCACCUGUUGGCUCUGGGGAAGUCUGUACUGUUUCCUGUCCGGUUUCCUUGGGGAGAAACUGAAACGCAAAGGCUACAUCAUUUGCCCGUAAGGAACGGCAAAGCUACAAUAAGACUGAGAAUUUCCCAGCUUACGGUCCUCUAAGGCUUACAAGAACACCCAGUUUGUAAUCGCUAAUUCGAUUUCUGCCUGUUGCGCGAUCACUCCUACCCCACCAGUGCGGCGCCAAAUACGUGCAGCGCAUGCGUAGGGAGCCUAGAAGGAAGCGGAAGGGCCACGUGCCCUCUGGCCGCCUUGCACUGUGGGAGAUGUAGUCCUUAUGCCUUUCCCGCUGCGGUAACUCUGGGAGGAGUGAGGGCCUCAAACUACUAUUCCCAAGACUCCUCAAGGUUUCCCAGGUUACUUUGCAGAGGCAUGGCGGGUAGUGUGUGAAUGUCAGUACGGACGGUAAUUAAAGCACUUUAAUUUGAGUGAAAAGAGCACGGAAGGGAAGAGGUGGACACAGCUGCUUUCGGGAGCUAACGUUUUUGCCGAACACGCCGUGCAGAAUCACCCGUGUGAAUGUGUAGCACUGAGUACACUCCGGCUGCGCGUGUGUAUUGCGUAGUGAAGCUUUGCUGUUCCAAAUUGGCACCUUUCCAAAGCGGAGCAGUUUUCCGUGAUCAUGAUUUGUACUUUUUUACGAGCUGCACAGUGUGCGGAGAAGCUGCGCAGGUCGUCGGGGAAGCGGCUGUUCCCGCCACACUUAGUGCUUAACAAAGCUUGCUUGAAGACUGCGCCCAGCUUGAGCUGGGGUCUGCAAGAGCGAAAGAAAGCGGUGCCACCCAAGUGUAUCCUUGGAGUCACCCAGAAAACCAUCUGGACGCAGGGGCAGAGCGCCCAGAGGGCAGGGAGCGACAGCAGCAAACAAGUGACUGUGCACGGUCAGAGAGGGGAAACCGUCGUCUCAACGUCACAGAAAGUGAAAGAAGCUGGAAGAGAUGUUACCUAUUUGAUAGUGGUGCUUUUUGGAAUCACCAUCACAGGUGGCUUGUUUUACACAAUUUUCAAAGAACUUUUUUCUUCAUCGAGUCCUAAUAAGAUCUAUGGGAAAGCCUUAGAAAAAUGCAGAACACACCCCGAGGUCAUCAGUGUCUUCGGCGAGCCCGUGAAGGGCUACGGGGAGGUGACACGCCGCGGGCGGAGGCAGCACGUCAGUUUCAUCGAAUAUGUAAAGGAUGGGCUGAAACACAUGCGCGUGAAGUUCUAUAUCCAGGGCUCCGAGCCUGGAAAGCAAGGAACUGUGCAUCUCGAAGUGAAGGAGAACCCAGAAAAUGGCGAGUAUGAAUUUCGAUAUAUAUUUGUUGAACUUGAGCCCUACCCUAGAAGAACUAUUGUCAUCGAAGAUAAUCGAUCCUGAGAUGAUUGCAGGACCCCGGCAAGCACGGCUUCCGGGCGGAUGUGGUGUGGGGCGGACCCCCAGCUCUGCUCUUCCCCGCUGCUCCCGAGUCUGUAGAAUGAGUCAGGACAGAGUGUGUAGCACAGAAAAGUGAAUGGAAGUGGGCAGUCGCUGCAUUUAGAUGAGCUGGAGAUUCUCUUGUAGAGGGCAAAAUCACGAAAUAGAACACAGUUUAUGCUAUCUCUGAAUCAAUCAUGGACUGUAUUUCUGCUCUAGUUAAUAUCCUCUUUCAUGAUACGAAAUCUUUGUUAUUAAAAACUUUACACCAUGUAAAUAAAAGAGUUGAAUAUUUUAUGCUUUUAUGUUGUAUAACUAUAUAAAAUCUGUGAAAUAAAGUCAAAACUAACAAAAAGAUGUCAGAAGCAGCUUGC